UCAAUUGUCAACUCUUACCCUUACACACAAACUACAAUGGCGCCUAUAAAUCACUUCUCAUCUUUUCUUAUUCCUCAUCUUCCUCACAAUUCCAUAAAAAUGUCACUCUGUAUCCUCAUCUUCUUAAUAAUACCUCUGCUACCAUUUUCAUUUUCCUCAGCUCAAUCUCUCUCCUCAUUCUCCAUCUCAAGAUCACCAUGGCACCCAUCUCAAAACCGCACCAUUCUCUCUCCUAACUCCACCUUCACCGCAGGAUUUCAACGUUCACCCACUUUUCCAAAUCUCUUCAUUUUCGCAGUUUGGUACUCCAACAUCUCUCAUGAUCACACCAUUAUUUGGUCUGCUAAUUGGGACUCCCCUGUCCACCAAUCAGCUUCUUUGAUCAUCACAUCCAACGGUGAUCUUCAACUCAUCAACGGCUCAUCUGGCCCCAAUCUAUGGAACACCACAACUUCCGUGAGGUCCAAUUCUAGUAGACUAUUUCUCAGAGAUGAUGGAAAUUUACUGUUUGGUACUUCUUGGGAAAGUUUUGAAUACCCAACUGAUACUUUUCUUCCUAAUCAAACCUUUAGAAACACCACCGUUUUAACAUCUAGAAAUGGGAAGUUUAAGUUUACCGGGUCAAGUAAUCUGGUUUACGGGUCGGAUAUUUAUUGGAGUUCGGGUUCUACAUUAGUGAGUUUUGGCGUUGAUGGGCGGGUCGUAAAGAGUAGUGGUGACCCGAUUUAUUCAGCCGAUUUUGGGGAGAAUAAUAAAACCCGGAGACUCACCUUGGGGGAUGAUGGGAACCUUCGGAUCUUUAGUUUUGAUCCGAAAAGAGGGAAAUGGGUUGUUGUUUGGGUGGCUUUGCUAGAGAUUUGUGAAGUACAUGGUUUGUGCGGGCCGGGUUAUAUUUGUUAUAGUGACGGGUCGACUUUAUCGGAUUAUGAAUGUGUAUGUCCGCCCGGUUUUAAGAGAAGCCCAAAUUCGGACUCGUGUGAGAGCAAGAUUCCUAACAAUGAUCUAGCAAGAAGCAAGUUUCUACGUCUUGAUUUUGUUAAUUACUCGGGUGGGUCGAACCAAACAAAUGUAAUAACGUAUAGUUUUGCUAAUUGUAGCUCCAAGUGUUUGGCUCACGACCAAUGCCUUGGGUUCGGGUUUAAGUAUGAUGGGUCGGGCUAUUGUGUGCUCCAACUCGAGAAGCUCAUAAACGGAUAUUGGUCCCCUAAUACGGAAAUGGCCUUUUAUCUUAGAGUAGAUCAAUCUGAACCCGACCCGAGUAAUUUCACAGGCAUGUCAGAGGUGCUCAACACCACAUGUCCGGUAUUAGUUGGUUUACCCGAUACAUCUGACGAAUCUAACAAGACCACUUGGAAUAUAGUGAUUGUAAGUGUUCUUUUCACCGUUGAGAUUGCUAGUGGAGUGCUCUUAUUUUGGGCCUUUUUGAAGAGGUAUGUAAAGUAUAGAGAUAUGGCUCAAACACUUGGGCUUGGGUUAUUUCCCACAGCUGGCCCCAAAAGGUUUACUUAUGCUGAAAUUAAAUCAGCAACAAAAGAUUUCUCAGAAGAAAAUAUGAUAGGAAGGGGUAGUUUUAGUGAUGUAUACAUGGGAAAGUUGCACGAUGGUCGUCCGGUUGCGGUUAAGUGCUUAAAAAGUGUGACGGGCGGUGAUUCGGAGUUUUGGGCGGAGGUUACUAUCAUAGCACGUAUGCACCACCUCAAUUUAGUUCGUUUAUGGGGCUUUUGUAACGAGAAGAGUCGACGAAUUUUGGUUUAUGAGCACGUUUCAAAUGGGUCACUUGACAAGUAUCUUUUUAGACCAAGUCAUAUUGGAUUAGAAGGUCAAAACAAUGAACAUGAGACAGACAUGAUGUUAAGCCAAGAGCAAAAGCCCAUACUUGAUUGGAGUAUUAGGUAUAGGAUUGCCCUUGGGGUGGCAAGGGCUAUUGCAUAUCUACAUGAAGAGUGUUUAGAGUGGGUAUUACAUUGUGACAUCAAACCUGAAAACAUACUCUUAGGGGAUGAUUUUUGUCCUAAAGUUGCUGAUUUCGGGUUGUCAAAGCUUAGGAAGAAGGAGCAACUCGUGACCAUGUCAAGGAUCCGCGGAACGCGAGGCUAUUUGGCGCCCGAAUGGACGAAGAAUGAUCCAGUUACUUCGAAGGUUGAUGUGUUUAGUUUUGGAAUGGUGUUGUUAGAAAUUGUGACGGGGGUAAGAAAUAUGAUUCAAGGACCUUCUUGUAUUCCAAGUGAAGAAUGGUAUUUUCCUAAGUGGGCAUUUGAAUUGGCAAUUGAAGAAAGGAGGAUGGAGGAAAUAUUGGACCAUCAAAUUAAACAUUCUUAUGAUGAUAAGGUGCAUUUUAACAUAAUCGAUCGAAUGGUGAAAACAGCUAUGUGGUGUGUUCAAGAGAGACCAGAGAUGCGUCCAUCUAUGGGAAAGGUGGCUAAAAUGCUUGAAGGAACAGUGGAAAUUAUGGAACCACCAAAGCCAACAAUGUUCUACUUGUGAGAGGAUCAAUAUUUACUAACCUGUUUAAUAAAUAAUAAAUACAAUAAAUUGUGCUUGUGGUAGGGUUUUUUUUUUGUUAGUGUUGUAAGUUUAAUAGGUUAGCUUAUUUUUUCAAUGUAUGGAUCACAUGAUAGGUUAUUUUUUCUUCUUAUACAUUAUUGAAAAAGUUGUCAACAACUAUCCUAUAAAUUUGGUGGUUGUUAUUUUUGUUAAAAAUAACUUUAUUU